GAUCAUAGUAUUGGUCUCGCUUUGCUGGUUACCCAUUUACUUUCUAGUUGUGUAGUGCUGAUCCACCGUUGCUUCUACAAGGAAUGGUCUUGUGUAUUCUGUAUGCUUGUUGAAAAGGAGUAUCAGCUCAGGAAAAGGGCUUCGUUUAUAAACAAAUUUUACAUCAUCAUUCAAUCAAGAAUAUAGAAUUCUGAGAAGUGGACACAAUUUUCACUGAGGUGACUAUUUACCUUUCUCAAAAUGUCAUCUGAUGACGAUCUAGAAAUACCGAAUGGCGACGUCGGGAUGGCCACAAAAGCGAGCAAAUCAACGUCACAUCACCCUAAAUACAACGAAAUGGUGGUGACGGCUAUUAAGGCACUGGAUGAGAAGAAGGGUGCUUCCGUGAUUGCGAUUAAGCAAUGGAUCAUACAGAGAUACCCGGAGAUUGAUCAGAGCAGAAUGAAGAACCUACUUCGAAUGGCUCUCAAAAGAUGUGACGACUCGGGAGCAAUAGUCCGACCUAAUAAGAAAUAUGAAUCCAUGGGCACCAUGACAGGGCGAUACAAGCUAGGUAAACCACCAAAACCAGUCAAGAAAGUCGUCAAAAAGAAGGCGGAGAAAAAGAAAGCGUCAGCGACCGGGAAAAAGAAGGUUCCCAAAUCUCCGGCGGGUAAGAAAGAUCGAAAGAAGAGCGAUAAUGAUAUCUUUGAUUAUGAAGAUGACACGGAGGGCAGUGAUCCCGAUGGCGGAAGAACCCCUCCGCCUUACAGGAAAAACCCCGCCAAGAAGCAACCGGCUAACCGACCACGGUCAGCGAGUGCAAGCGCAACGCCGAAGCCGAGGGUGAGUAAAUCCAAAGCAAUACAUCGACGAAGUAAGUCGCAAUCUCCAGCUCCGAGUAGGUUCAAGAAGACAAAGAAACCAGCAUCCAAGUCCCCGGCAAAGAAACCAGUAUCGAAGUCACCAGCCAAGAAAGCAUCUUCACUGGCGAAGAAAUCAAAAGCUAAACCAGCAGUGUCCCCAGCAGCUACAGGAAAGGGGAAGGCAAAGAAACCAUCUGCUAAAAAUAAGGAAAAGACGCCUACAAAGAAAGCUGCCAAGCCGACAAAGAAAAAGACAGUUAAGUAAAGUGUCCAGCCCACGCCCCCUUAAAAAAAAGAUAUCGAAAUGAUUUGAAUCUCAUUGGGAAUGCCCAUGACUAUUCAUUUUGAUGACCACCCCCUUCCCCUCCCCGAAAGUAACCUAAAAUAUUUUUUGUUGGUUAUAUCAGAGCUUGAAUAUUUAUCAAUAAUUUAUUGCAAAAGAUUAUGAUUAAUUGAUAUUGUGAUGCUCUUAUUCUUUGUUAAGUCCAGGCUGCCGUGCAUUUGCACAGGAGGCCUGACGUAGAUGCCAGCAGUUUAAAGUUAAUGUAUAUUCUAAUGCACUUUAGGGUAUUUUCUCAAAAGUUUGAUGCUUAGGAGUUGGACGAUGAAAACUUCAUGUGGAAUGAGAGAAACAUAAUUUAAGUAAACAUACUGCUUAUCGCUCAAAAAGUGAGAGAUAAUUCUGAAUAACAUUGAUCGUCGUGACGUCGUUUAACAUUCUAGUAAGCAGAUUUUUUUAGUAUUUGACUUAAUGUUGCAAACUGCGAGUCGUUUAAUAAAAAGAUGGGCUACAUGUUUAAAGAUGGGCUACAUGUUUAUAUAUAAAUAUUUCGUUAAUUUCAAGAUUAUUAUACCACUCUGUGUUCUGGGAAAAAAACGAAACCGAAAAUGUCGAUGUUAUCUUUUCUGAUAUGAUUAAUAAAUGAUAUAAAAAUUAUUGUAAUACUUAAUUAUGACACACGCUUCAAAUGACUGAGUAAAACAAUUUUAAGAAAGGAAACAAACAAUACAUUCGGCAGACGGUAUCUAAAGUUCUGUCUCAACAAUUCCAUAUCUGCUCUUUGAUAAAAGCAAUUACACUGUUUUGUGUUUUCAUUCCAAUUAUUUUACGAAAGACAUGCGUUUUUAUCAAUUGCCUACUAUAGCAAUGGUAUGGUUAAAAAAAACUAUGCUCGGCUAGUUGGGACAUUGGACUUCUCUUUGUAGUACUGUCUGACAAAUGUCUUUGGUAUCCUUUCUUCAAAUUAUUUUAUAUCCUGAUGUAGAUAUUGCAUCUUAGCAUCAAAUGAAAAUGGUGAUUCUAAUCUGUGCUAUAAUGGGCCACUAAUUACAUUUGUGUUAAGAUUAUAAUAAUCAUCAACUUUUUUUUCUUGGACGCAAUGUAGAAUUUAUAUGAACGGUGUCGAUAGUGUAAGAUGAAAGCUCCCAAGUCUUUGACUUAAGUUAAUUUGGGCUUACAAUUCACUUCAAGUAGUACGAUUUUUUUUUAAAUUUUACUAUAGGAAAGAAUUGUUAGCUGGAGCUACCCUAAAUCAUGAAAAUACUUUAUAAUAUCAUACAAUAUUUUCAAUGUUUCAGAUCUAUUGAUUUUGUGGAAGAUUGAUCGUUACAAUGACCAAUAUUUACAUGAUUUACUCAAAAUUGUACACUUAAUCUUGUACACUUAAAAAGGAAACGACUUUUUUGGGCGACCAUGUUUCACAAAAUUUAACAACCAUGUCAACUGCAAGUUACAAGAUGCUGUUUUCAUUAAAAAAGAUAGUUUUCAUUAGCCAAGAGCAAAUAGGCCUAUGGGAAUUUGAUCAUUAUUUAAACAAUUGGUAUUUAAGUUUUGUGAAACAGAGCUCCGGUGAUUCACAACUAGUUUCUUGUGUUCUUGUCAAAUUACUGUAAUGUUCAGAUUUUUAUCAAACCUCUUUGGAAAAAUUUUAAACAUUGUGAUCGUUGCUUUUUGUCUGUAUGAUGUAUCAGUAAUAAAAUCUUUGAGUAAUUGUG